CCACAUAACCUCGAAUGAAAUAAUCUUCAACUACAUAUUCUAAACUGUAAGAUGUCCUUUAAAUUAACUCAAUUCUGUUUGGUCUAAUAAAUGAAAGUGUGAGGGUAUGGAUUUUGUAAGAAGGAAUUCAUCUAGAGCAUCAAGAACAGAUAUAAGAGAGACAGAAAUAAAGGGCAAAUGUUCCAAAUUGAUGUUGAAUAGGAUAGAUAAUUCCAGUGGAUUUGGAUCUUCCGACAAUUGUAGCAUUAAAAAUUCUGGUCUUCAAAAUAGUAAGUCUAAUUUAUCUGAUGAGCAAGAGAAAGUCAAACAGAAAUUAAAAAUAAAUGAUCACUUUACAUGUCGAAAAGACUGUAAAACGUCGGAAGGAUUUUCCGAAACGUCGGCUCAUGCAAAUUUGGAUCAGUCUGAGUUUGAUGCUUUUGCACAAUUUUUUAAUGGUUCAAACAAAUCAACCAGUGCUGAAAAAAAAUGUGUGAAACGACUAAAAGUGGAUGAAGAGUAUAUAUUUUCUCAAGCAUUUGACACCCAAACAAUUAAACAGAUUGAUGAGGAAAUGCAAAAAAACUCGAACACUUCCCAAAGAAGAAAUAGUAAUUCCAGUCAAAAUAAUAAUGAUCAAGAAAUUUUCAAGUUGCCACUGUUAAAAUCAUUUUUAGACAGAUCAACUACUUUGAAUGAGUAUACAAAUAGACAAAGUAGCGAUAAGUCUUUGUUGUUUAAUGAUGAAUCUGUGACUACUCAAUAUAAAAAUGAAAUUGAUAGACUGUUUCAGGAAAUUGAGUAUUCAGUUUGUGCAAUGGGAACUAGUAACUUUGAAAGAACCAUUCCUGACAGUGUUUUAGAUGUUAUUUUCGAUGAUGACAUUACUUCAUCAACGAAAAUCAUUGAUGAGCAGGAUAGUAAAAGAUUGAAAGCUGAUUUAAGUCAAAAGUUUGCUGAUAUUGAUUGGGACCAGACUCGCAAUUGCAGUUUUGGCACUAUUAUUAAGCAGGCGUUAAUUAACAAUGCAACCAAAAACAUUUCACUUCAGAAAAUUACAAAAAGCCCUUUGAAUUUGACCCUAGGUGAAAAGAGAGCUGAGUUCCGUCCUUUAGGAACAUUUUAUGGAUUACCUAAGAAAGUGCAAGACUUAAUUAAGCAAUAUAAAGGGAUUGAAGAGUUAUAUGGCUGGCAAGAUGAUUGUUUAAAAUUGGCAAUUAAUAGUAGGAAAAACUUGGUAUAUGCGUUGCCAACAAGUGGUGGAAAAACAUUGGUUGCAGAAAUUUUAAUGUUAAGAGAGGUGCUUUGUUACCAAUGUAACGCCAUUUUUAUUUUGCCCUACGUUUCCAUUGUUCAAGAAAAGGUCUGGGAAUUUUCACCAUUUGGAGUAUCUUUCGAUUUUCUGGUAGAGGAAUAUGCUUCAAACAAAGGAACAUAUCCCCCGCGAAAACGACGCAGGAAACGCUCAGUAUAUAUAGCAACAAUUGAGAAAGCUUUAGGUUUAAUUAAUAGUCUUAUAGAAACGGGCAGACUAAAUGAAAUCGGACUUAUUGUUAUUGAUGAACUUCACUUAAUUGGUGAAGAAGGAAGGGGUGCAACCCUGGAGUCGUGUUUGACAAAAGUUUUGUUCCUUAAUGCAAAUAUUCAAAUAAUUGGUAUGAGCGCCACAAUAGGCAAUAUUGGGGAUAUAUGUAAGUUUUUAAAUGCAAAUGUCUACACAAAUACCUUCAGACCUGUAGAACUGACUGAAUAUGUAAAGUGUGGCAAUGAAAUUGCCAGAAUUAAUUGGAAUUAUAGCGACGACAGUGAUUUGCUAGUAGAUGCCAGAAAAGUUGAUUACAAGUAUUCAGAACCAGUGUCAAAGGUUGACCCAGAUAUGAUUGGUGGAUUGGCUCUAGAAGUAGUAUCUACAGGGUCCUGUUUGAUUUUUUGUCCAUCAAAGAAAAACUGCGAAAAUGUUACAUUUUUGUUGUGCAAAUUGGCAAAGCCAGACUUGAAAAAUAUUAAAAAAACUGAGAAGGAGCAGCUAUUAAAUGCUCUGAAGAGCGAAUCUGGCGAAUUAUGUAACAUUUUGAAAGUAUCUGUUCCAUUUGGAAUUGCUUACCACCAUUCAGGAUUAACAAGCGAUGAACGCCGACUAAUUGAGGAUGGUUUCCGAUCGGGAACAAUUUGUGUUAUCUGUUGCACUUCAACAUUGGCCGCAGGAGUCAAUUUACCAGCAAAAAGGGUUAUUUUGCGGUCACCAUAUAUUGGACGAGAUUUUAUAAGUCUAGCAAGAUACAAACAAAUGGUAGGCAGAGCUGGCAGAGCAUGUUUUGGAGAGAAAGGGGAAAGUAUUGUCAUCACUCAGAUCGCGGAUUUACCCAAACUUAAAGAGUUAUUGAUGAGUCCAAUGAACCAAGCUUUAUCAAGUUUACAUUCUUUGGAUGGCAAGGGUUUAAGACAUUUGCUUUUGAGUUGUAUAAGCUUAGGAUUAGCCAAUACAAGAAGCCAAUUGCAGGCUGUUAUAAGAUCAACACUCAUGGCGGUUCAGAGGGACAAGUUGGAGGUGGAUAUAAAAGCAAUGACUGACAAUGCAAUUAAGUGUCUUUUUAAAAUGGGAGCCAUAGAGGAAUCUUGUUCAAGAAACAAAAAACCCACAUCUAAUAUAUGUGACUUUACUGUAAAACUAGAUAUGACACUGAACAAUUUAAGUCUGCAAAGUGAAAAUAGUCCAAAAAAGAAGAUGGUAGUAUUAACCAGUAACUCAAAAUUAUUGGUCAGUAGUUUGGGUGCAGCAGCUAUCAAAGGGGGGCUGGAAAUUUCUCGUGCUCAUCAACUCUAUGAUGACCUUUACAGAGCUCAAAAGAGUUUGGUAUUAUUAGAUUGUCUUCAUUUAUUGUACCUUAUCACACCGUAUGACACAUCUGAGCAAAUCAAACCAAAUAUGCAAGUUUAUUAUGAGCAGCUCAUGGGUUUAGGACAAAAAGAAAUGUAUACCGCGAGGGUUUUAGGAUUUGAUGAAGCUACAAUUGUAAAAAUGUUGUCAGGCAUUCCACUUAAGAAUAUACCAGAUCAGGUGUUGAAUAGAUUUUACCUGACAUUAAUGCUUUAUGAUUUGUGGAAUGAAACACCUGUGUUUGAAGUGUCUGAAAAAUAUCAGGUCGACAGAGGCUUAAUUCAAACUUUAAUGACUGCAGCAGCCACAUUUGCAUCAAAUGUUGUCAACUUCUGUGAGCAACUGGAAGAAUUUUGGGCCUUUUCAUAUUUACUAAAAGGUAUGAGUAAUAGAUUGUCACAUUGCUGUGUAAAGGAGCUCUUGCCACUUAUGGAAUUACCUGCUGUGAAACAAAGCAGAGCUAUGCAAUUAUUCAAUGCAGGAUAUAAGACUCUUCAGUCUAUAGCAAAGGCAAAAGUGUCAGAUUUAACGGAGAAGAUAGAAUUUAUGUCAUACAAUGUUGCCUGCCAGUUGGUGGCAGCAUCAAAGAUGUUGUUGCUUGAGAGGGUUGAAAAUCUUCGGGAAGAAGCUGAAGAUGUGUUAGAUGGAGUGGAGCAACCUGUGAAAUAGAUUUUUGGUAACAUGGAUGACUAAAAUAUAAUGUGGUAUUAAUGUUUGUACUUUAUUA